ACAGGAAGACCUGGGCUUCCGGGAGACAAAGGCGCCAUGGGAAUUCGUGGACUACCGGGACUAAAGGGGCAACCUGGAGAGAAGGGAGCCCCUGGAGAAGCUGGCAUGUCCAUUAUUGGUCCCCGUGGCCCUCCAGGACAGCCGGGAACAAGAGGUUUUCCUGGGUUUCCGGGCCCAAUUGGUUUAGAUGGCAAACCAGGGCAACCUGGACAGAAGGGAGAGAUGGGCCCAGCUGGUCCCAAAGGGCAACUAGGAAGCCCUGGCCCAAAAGGAGAAAAGGGUCAGUGUGGAGAGUAUCCACACAGGCUGUUGCCUCUUCUCAAUUCAGUGCGGCUGGCUCCACCCCCAGUCAUAAAGAGACGCACCUUCCAGGGUGAACAAGGCCAGGCAGGCAUCCAAGGGCCCCCAGGACCACCUGGACCACCAGGCCUUCCAGGAACCCCAGGACAACCUGGGCCAACUGGCUCAGCUGGGAAAGUAGGAGAACCAGGGAAGCCAGGCAGAGACGGAAAGGGCUUGCCAGGACCUCCUGGACCAAAGGGAGAACCUGGAAUUCAGGGCUACCAUGGAAGAAAGGGUGAGGCAGGUGAGACUGGCUUACCAGGACCCCCUGGCCUUCCUGGUCCUAUUGGUCCAAAGGGGGAGAGGGGCAUGCCAGGUCUACCAGGAAAGCAAGGAGUUCAGGGUGAAAUCGGGAUUCCAGGAGCAAAGGGAGAACGUGGAGUUGCUGGAAAGACAGGGCCCCCAGGUUUGCCAGGGAAAAGGGGGCAGAGGGGUGAGAAAGGAAAAUCUGGGGAUCUGGGCCCUCCUGGAGCCAUUGGACAAAAGGGAGAAAAAGGAGAUUCUAGCAAUGCACUUGGAGGAGGUAAAGGAGAACCUGGACCACCAGGACUACCUGGACCUCCUGGACCAAAGGGAGAACCUGGAAUACCUGGGGAGCAGGGACCUUUUGGUCCAAGGGGACCCAAGGGUGAGCCAGGCAAAAAUGAAAUGGUGGAUUACAAUGGCAAUAUCAAUGAAGCUUUGCAGGAGAUACGAACAUUAGCCCUUAUGGGGCCUCCUGGAUUGCCUGGUGCUGCAGGACCACCAGGACAGAAGGGUGAAAUUGGACUGCCAGGCCCUCCUGGACAUGAUGGCGAAAAGGGCCCACGAGGCAAACCAGGAGAGAUGGGGCCUCCUGGUCCCAAAGGACCUCCUGGAAAAGAUGGACCUCCAGGAAUGAAGGGAGAAAUUGGCUCCAUGGGGACCACAGGAGCAAAAGGAGAAAAGGGGGAGACUGGACUGGCUGGCUCACCAGGUCUUGAUGGCAUAACAGGAGAAAAAGGUGAUCGAGGAAUGCCAGGACCUCCAGGCCUACCAGGUCCAAUUGGGCUUCCAGGUUUUACAGGAGAGAAGGGAGAACCGGGAGAUAAGGGAAAGACUGGAAACUCAGUAACUGGCCCACCAGGGCCACAAGGCCCACCAGGAAUACCAGGUCCUCAGGGUCUUCCAGGACCUAAGGGAGAAGCAGGCAUUGAUGGAAUGAAAGGUGAAAAGGGUGCCAUGGGAGAAAAAGGAGACCGAGGUCCGCUUGGAUUGCCCGGUGCUUCAGGUUUAGACGGCAGGCCUGGCCCACCGGGUACUCCAGGACCAAUAGGAGUUCCAGGGCCAGCAGGACCAAAAGGAGAGAGGGGCAAUAAAGGAGAUUCUGGAACUGCAGGACCAAUAGGGCCAGCAGGGCUUUCUGGUUUACCAGGUUCACCAGGGGAAAAGGGACAUCGGGGACUUCGAGGUUUUAAAGGCGAGAAGGGUGAGCCGGGGUUACCAGGGCUGGACGGGCUGGAUGCCCCUUGCCCAUUGGGGGAAGAUGGCUUGCCAAUUCAAGGAUGCUGGAAUAAGUGAAAAUUCUAACCAUGGACUGGCCUGUGUGUGUGUGCCUGUGUGUUUGUGCAUAGAAUAUUUAUUUUUAUACAAUUUUCUUUUUUAAGUGCCAAAAGAUAACACAUUUUGCAAAUUAUGCAUAUUUUUGUACAGAAAAUACUACUUUUCCCCUUUUUUAUCUUAUUGUCAUCCACUUGUAUAGUUGUAUGUAUAUUGAUAAUGUGCUUGUUGCAUUGUGGAAUACAGCUGCAAUAUUUGCAUGAUAUUUGUGCUCUCGUAAGUGUUACAGCUUAAUAAGUUAUUGCAUUAAGAUGCCAGAAGUAGCCGCUCUGUGUACAUAUGAAGAUCAAAGCUAUUUGACAAUGAAUACAAGAAGAGUUUUAAAUAAUACAGCUUUUCAUUAGUAAAAUGAAAUCAAAUCUAGUCUUUGUAAAUAAAUCAUAUAGUGGUAUUUUAAACCAACAAGGUAAGGGACAUCAGGGAUCACUUCACCUUUCUGUUGCCUUGUUGCCAGCAGAGGGCACUACUAAUCCAACAUUAGUAAAAACCAUUCUGAGGGUCACAAAAUGAACAUACAGACAUCCAUUUUGAAUUGGUUAAACUCUUCCAUGCGGUCCUCUUUAGUGGGUGUAGUCAGUCUCAAAUUCUUAGCUAAAUUAAUCUAAAUAGAGGAUCUACUCAAACAGAAAAAAAUGCAUAUAGAGAAUAUCCAGGGAAGAAGUAGAUGUCGUCCCCGAAUAAUGCUUCCAUCUCCAUAUGCUAAUUAUACAGGGAUCUUAAGCAUCUGGGUAAACCUACUGUCUGCUUUUUAUUCCCGCAGUUCCUCAUACAUAGUUGCUCGAAUAUUCAUUCUAAAAAACAUUAAGUAAAUAUACUAUAGCAAGAAUUGCUCAACAUUUCUCAAUCCCCUAGGAAUGUUUCACAACCCGAGCAAUUAAUUAUACAGCUGAAUAGCCCUUAUACUUAGGAAAUUUAAAGUACAGUAGAGUCUCACUUAUCCAAGGUUCUGGAUUAUCCAAGGCAUUUUUGUAGUCAAUGUUUUCAAUACAGUAGAGUCUCACUUAUCCAACGUAAACGGGCCGGCAGAACGUUGGAUAAGCAAAUAUGUUGGAUAAUAAGGAGAGAUUAAGGAAAAGCCUAUUAAACAUCAAAUUAGGUUAUGAUUUUACAAAUUAAGCACCAAAACAUCAUGUUAUACAACAAAUUUGACAGAAAAAGUAGUUCAAUACACAGUAAUGCUAUGUAGUAAUUACUAUAUUUAUGAAUUUAGCACCAAAAUAUCACGAUGUAUUGAAAACAUUGACUACAAAAAUGCGUUGGAUAAUCCAGAACGUUGGAUAAGCGAGUGUUGGAUAAGUGAGACUCUACUGUAUAUCAUGAUAUUUUGGUGCUAAAUUCGUAAAUACAGUAAUUACAACAUAACAUUACUGCCUAUUGAUCUACUUUUUCUGACAAAUUUGUUGUAUAACAUGAUGUUUUGGUGCUUAAUUUGUAAAAUCAUAACCUAAUUUGAUGUUUAAUAGGCUUUUCCUUAAUCCCUCCUUAUUAUCCAAGAUAUUUGCUUAUCCAAGGUUCUGCAAACUGCCUUGGAUAAUCCAGAACAUUGGAUAAGCAAAGGUUGGAUAAGCGAGACUCUACUUCACUUUCAUUUAUUCAUGUUCAACCAACUAUGGCCUUUAAAGCAGUUUCUAGGUCCUCCAGCAUGGUUGUGUGGUAUUAUUGGGCUGGAAGUGCUUCAUUUCAAUAAGGUUUACUUUUAUUUGUGGGUUUACAUAUCCACGUGAUUCUGGGAACAUCUCCAUGGGUCCAGGGGUCGUGCUGUACUUUUUCCUUGUGUGUAAUUGACUUCUAAAAUUAAUAUUAUCAAUAUUUUUGAACUGUACCCAGAAUUAAAUAUAGCAGUGAAUGAAGCUCUUUCUUCAUUCACUGCUAUAUUUAGUUCUGGGUACAGUUCAAGAAAAUAUGGAUAAUAUUGAUUUUAGAGGUGAAUACACAUAAGGAAAAAAUACCCCCAGAAUCCCCUAACUAGAUUGGUCAGUGGUGAUUCUGGCUCAAAGCACUGGAAGUUAUCCUCCAGUAAAGUGCAGGUAAUAUUUUUAAAAACUUUGCAUUUCUCCAAUUAAGGACUAUUGUACAUAUUUAACACUUACAAGUGUUGAAAAGACAUAACUCAUGCCAUGCACCAUAUAAAUUUACCAGCAUAGUUACUGUUCUUAUCUACAGUAACUUUUCAGGUAAACAUUUUACAGAAGUCAGGAUUUCUACUACAUCUCACAAGGUACCCAUCUGGAUAAUAAACAGGUAUGACUUAAAAUUCAUUUCACUGCUUAAACACAGGAUGGAGCUAGAUUACACUUUUGCAAUGCUACCUUUCUGAUUUGAGCAAAUGAUUGUGAAUAGCCUGAAACACACUUCUUGCAAUAUAGUCCUAUUAAUAACAUGUGCUAUAAUUUACCUCCAUCAUUUCAGGAGAGAAAUGGCACAAGUGCUAAACCAGAAAGAAUGAGGUCAAAAAUACUUACUUCUCAUGUAAUCUCAAAAUUAUAGCUCCAGCUAUAAUCAAAGUGGACACAUGCUGAUAUAUAUAUAUCAAGUGCAGAGAUUUUCUAUAAUUAUAGGAAAGUAGCAUAUAUUCCAAUUGUUUCAGUUUGACAGGGGCAGUCCUGAUUAACCCGUCUUCCCAAUUACAGCUGCAAAUGCAGCUGACAUUGUACUCAAUUAAGUCGGGGAGGAUAAAGACUUCUAUCUUCCCAGUAAGCUCAGGCAAAAGGAAACUGCUGCAACCUGUCUCAGUUUGUGUGUUCUUCCUCAUCAAUAACGUUUGCGAUCUUGACCCCACUGUGUCGUUGCUUGAUAGCAUGUGUCCCAAUUUUUAUCUGUGAAAUGUUGGAGGGUAUGAAGAAGCAAGGCUUUCAUAAGCAUCUGAAAACACAUUUCAGCAUGAAAUAAUUUGUCUGUUGCUUAAAGGGUCAAACACCUUGGCUGAUAGCUAAAUAAUGAAACAAGUAAGAGGGUGGAGAUUCUUGUGGAAGGCCUACAGUGGCGAGAGAAGAUCAUCCUGUCUGAAGGUUUGCUGAAGAUAUUCAACAACUUACCUCCGAGGAACACAGAAGUAUUCUUGAGCCAUGCGUGCCAGAGUUUUGUUCCUGUAUGGUGGGCCUGGUGGGGCUACGGAAGAUGGACACACCAGUGGGUUUUGCUCUCUGAUUCCAGAGGUCAGCAUGAGUGCCAGCCAUGGAACAAAUUGGGCUUCAGUGCCACUCUUACUCUUUUUUGUCUGCUGUAAUAAUGGAAGCCUUCGUGUGAAGAUUUUUAUCCAGCAGCUGGUGUGAAGAGCCUUAGGACAUAGACAACAGUUCUAUGGUUGUUGCUUUUUUUGUCAAAAGGAGCUAUAUUCUCAUCUUUUUAAAUAAUAAACUUGAAUAUUAAUUUUGAAAAGCAGCUGAUUGAAGAUACAGCAAAACGUUUACCACCUUUCCUGAUGAUUCCAUCCUUAAACUUUUCUUAGCUUCUCUUCAAAUGCUACAAUUUAUUUUCUGCAAGAACAUUGCAAUUUUUUGUAUAUUAAAAGAACUAAAUUUCAUAAAUGUUUGGAGUUAUAAGACAGAUUGUCGACAUAAUUGUUGUUCUCACUGUCAGACUUUACUUGUUCAUGCUAGGAAUGCUUUACUAUAGCUUUACCAUAAAACAUUUUUCUGUCCUGAAAAACAUAUGAUAGUUCUUUUCCUAUUACCUUUAUGCUUAAUUUUUUUAAUUGAUUGUAUAGUUAACACAACAACGAAAUGGGUUUUGGGGGAAAUGCUCAUAGGUUAGCCAUCUUUUAUUAAUACAUAUGUUGGUAUUGAAGAUUUCGAUGGUACAGUGUUGUUACUGUUGUUAUUAGUUCUGCAAUAUCAUUUGAAUGUUUAAAGAAAGCUAAAAUUGAUGCAACAUAAUCACAAUAAUAUGCUAAUUAGUUUUGUCCCUUGUAUCUGAAACUUGGACUGAUUCCUGAUAAGUUCACAUAUAUUACUACUGUAAAAAUGUCUCCAGUAUAAAAAUAUAUCCCUGAGGGGGAUAUACUUACUUUGAGGACACACGUCAAUAAUUACUUUGUGCCUCUGCAAUUUAUCUGAUCCUCUCCCCACUUCCACACCAUGUUAUUUUAAUUGCCCUUUAUCAGAUCCAGGGCUUUCACAGAAUGAAACUCCAACCACUCCUUGCAUCCAAAAGGUUUCAGUCCACACAAUGCUUACUCAUGCAGAGCAAUCUUUUAAAAAGCUGUAGAUGAGUAUUUCCAAGCAAUUUUAAUAGUAAAUUCAUAAUAGAACAUUUUUUUAAUUUAACUGUUGGAUCCUACCUUUUCUUCCAUGAACUCUACAUAGAAGCCAGUGCCACCUCUCCCUCCCUCUUUCCUCUACAAGCUCUUCGAAGGGCUGUACAAUCUUGUUAAUAGUGGAAGAAAUAGUGUACAGAUCUUUAGAUGACAAAUAUUCUGUCCUAAGUGAAUAAAAGAGUAAGUUAAGUUAGUUUUCUUCACUGAUAUAACUAAUCACACUUUGUAUAAACAGCAAAGACUGAACUUUCAGAAAAUAAAUAGUUUAGACUGGCUGUUGAAAACUUUAAGUGCUACUGGAUAUCCCUUACAUUAUUAAACACUUUCUCCCAAGGUUUUAUCAUAAAUAAGUCAGAGCUGUUGCAGAAUAGUUGUUUUUGAGGCUUAUGAAACGCUCAUAACAAUGAAGCUACAUUUCUAAAGACACUGGCAUAGAACAGAGUUAUAUUUGUUACCUACUGGCUGACUCCUGCUUUUGAUUAUUCUAUUGCUGAGUGAGUGUAACUUGCUCAAGAUCAGAGCAUGAAAGAAAGUCUUUUCACAUAAUUUCUCUGAUGGAACUGGAUAUUUUUAGGGUCAGAAACAAUGAUUUCACUAAAGAAAACCAUGAAAAAUUGAGACAACUGAUGUCAAACAUACAGAUUUAGAUUGUUGAUAUACAUUUUAAUAUAGAAUGACAUUUUUACAUACUGAGAUUGUUGUAGAGAUUUUUUUGUAGAAAUUAGAAUGUGACCAGAACUGCAGGCAGUGUGCCUUUUUAUUAUUAAAAGGCUAUAUAUAUUAGUUUAUUGGUGUUAAUAUAACUACAAUAUACCCUUUCAUUGCUGUUUUAAUAUUACGCUUCAUUUGGUUUUCUGAGAGUAAAGAACUUGCCAUUGUUCCUAACCCCCUUAUUUCUGGGAUAUUGUAUGUAACCUUCCACCGCCCCCUCUGAUGGACUGAUGUUUAGCUCAUACCCCCCAACCAACCAACCACCCCAGUAAGACUACUCUGGGGACCAAAAAAACUGUGGACUCCCUCACUACAUGGGCUCUAAUAAAGCUCUGGCAAUGUAGAGUUAAAUCAUUAUUGUGACUAGGGACACACAUCAAAAGUAAUGCAGUGUGGAUAGAUGCCAAGAUCCAAUGGAGUAAUUACCCUCUUUUGGGUUGCAGCCUCCUCCCACUUAUGCAUUUGUGAAAAAAAUUCUCCAAAGAUCUGAGAAACCCUCUGUAACAGUUUUUUGAUGCUAUAGAAGGCGGGGGGGGGGGGGAGCACCCAAGUCCACUGUUAGAUAUUGCAGUAUAAUCUGCCCUCUGCAUUCACUGGGAUUGGGGGUAUAGGACUCCUGGAAGGUGAACACCCCAUUGGAAGACCAAGAUUCUUAGAGAGGUAUUAUCUCUAGAAAUCUCCAGGUCAUUCAGCAUCACUGAAGGAAGUUGACCAUAAAGUCACACUAGAGGACCUAGGGAUUUCUAGAAAGAAUAUUUUAUACCUGAACCAUGAAAAAUCAAUUCCGCAAAAGUCAAAACCCCAAAUGUGGAGGGACAGCUGUACACCACUGAUCUCGGACAGAUGGUACAAGCACAUAAACAUAGAUCCAAAUGUAUAUGCCAUCUAUCUGCACUAUAUCACUUGCACCUCUGUGUGCUUCCAGUUACUAUUUUAUUCUUAUGCUGCUGAUUAUGGAUAAUUAUGCACAAUCAGAGCUAGCUUGGGUGAUAAAAAUUGGUCUUUCUCAACAGAGGUAGCUAUUUACACAAGUAAAAAAUGUUUAGGGACCAGGAGUGAAAGUCAAAUUGAUUUCUUUGAUAUCAGGUAAUUUUUCUACAAGAUAAUGAUACUAGACAUUUGUAGACUUCUUUUGAACAAGAAGACACUGGUGGAUGAAUAGGGAGGUAAAAUUGCUUUCACUUACACAUUCUGCUUGUGAAUUGCUAAGGUAGUUGACUGAUUUAUGGCAGAAAUAGAAUCCUAGACUAGGAGAAUCUUGGUGAGAUUCUGAAAAGCAACGCUUUAUGAAAUAAUUUAGCCACUCAGAUACAGUGUUCAUCAUGGAACUAUUAGUAAAAAUAGGCAUAUCUAGGAAUUUAAUAUCAUCUUUUGAGCACUUUGGUUGUUUGCAUAUUUAUGUUGACAUCAAGUUUUUAACAUGUAAAUACUACCCUAGUUUUAUAAUUUGGAAUUGGACAUGGAGUUGUGGCUUUGUGCAUUCAUCUACGUUUUAUUUUUAUUAUAUAGUUACUAUAUUAGAUAUUUUAAAGAUUUUAGACAGUCAUAAGGAAUUGGUUGUAAACCUAUAACUGUCUAUAUCCCUCAGAUACAGAGUUUCUAGGCAGAUACGGUGAGAAGUAUAGAAUUCCAUUUAGAUGUAAUUCCAUUUUUUUCAGAGACACAUCUAAACACUAUCUUCUAAGUAAAGGGCCAUUAUUUCUAAAGUAAUUCUUGCAACUCAGCUUCAUUUUUUUACAUAGUAAUCCUAUUUUUAGCAAAUAUUUCACUCAUUGAAAUAUACCUUUUGGAUGUUCCUCAACAGCAACAAAAACGAUUUUAUAAUAUUUUCAUUAGCCCCACCACACACACACACAACCAUAGAGACAUAUACAACACAUCUAAGGGUUAAUGUUAAUGAACCACAAAUCAUCUUAACCUAUUCUAUAGAAAAGAAAAUAGCAAAAGUGGUUUUAGUUUCUUCCAGCACAUUGGCAUUUGUCCACCUGUCUUUCCACGAGAUUUGCAGGAUUUUUCUUCUGGAGCAUGGCUAUACAGCCCAGAAAACCCAUAGCAACCCAAAUGUGCUUUAUUCAAUACUUUUCCGAAAUUUGCCACUCAUAAGGUAAUGGCGCUCCAUGCAGUCAUGCCAGCUCCAUGGACAACGCCGGCUCUUCGGCUUAGAAAUGGAGAUGAGCACCAACCCCCAGAGUCAGACUGGACUUAACGUCAGGGGAAACCUUUACCUUUAAUAUUUUUAUAUCCUAUACUAAAAGACUAUAUAAAAACAAUGGAACUAAAUUCAGAUUUUUUUCAGUUGUCCAAACUUCUAUACAUGGUGCUAUAAAAACUACAUAUUUUACAGCUCUCACUUCCAGUAUAACUGCAUCAUAAAGCAGCACUAGCAAUUACUUUUCUUCUCCUUACCAGUCUUUAGAUUCAGGUCUAUAAUCUACAAGAGUGCAUAUAUCCUAAAAUAACAUUCUCAGUACAAAAGAGUGCACCUAGCAUACUUGCUAUGGGUGAAAGCACAUUAAAAUACCUCUGCUAGGUAUUAGGCACAAAAAAUGCAAUUCAAAAUAAAGGUUUAUGGAAUUAUCAACACAUAUUGUUUGAAAGGUAACCCAUUCUGGCCAAAUUCCACAACACGUAUACAUGCAUCAGAGUUUCAUGUGCAUUUAGAACAGAAUAAAUAGAAUAAAAUUUAGAUUUCAUAAAUUCAUAGGGAGCUAUCUCUAAAGAAAUAAUUAGGUAAGGUAAAUAAUUAAGUUAGGUAUGGUACAUCCAAGGAGCCCUGGUGGCGAAGUGUGUUAAAGCACUGAGCUGCUGAACUUGCAGACCGAAAGGUCCCAGGUUCAAACCUCGGGAGCGGCAUGAGCAGCCGCUGUUAGCUCCAGCUUCUGCCAACCUAGCAGUUCGAAAACAUGCCAAUGUGAGUAGAUCAAUAGGUACCGCUCCGGCGGGAAGGUAACGGCGCUCCAUGCAGUCAUGCCGGCCAUGUGACCUUGGAGGUGUCUAAGGACAACGCCGGCUCUUCGGCUUAGAAAUGGAGAUGAGCACCAACCCCCAGAGUCAGACAUGACUGGACCUAACGUCAGGGGAAACCUUUACCUUUACCUUAAGGUAAAUCCAUCCAAACAUUUUACAAAACUCAUCAGGUAGACACAGACAAUAAAACCAGAGAAGACAGAAACCUGCUUUAUAAGGUCCUUUUUGUGGUAUGCUACCUCACAUUAAUCCAUAGGAGUCUUGCAAUGACUUCAGAGGGUCAACAUUUCAUUCUAGGCAUUUAAUUACCAGUAUUUUUCUUUAUGGAUUAUGAAUAACUAAGUCUUUGAAUUAUUAUUCAUUUUGAUUUUAAAUAUAUACACACAUAUAUAUUACCGUAUUUCAUAUUAAUUAUUGAAAUUGUUUCUGGAGGAUAAUUAUUUUAUGUUUCCAAUGUUGUUGACUUUCAAGACAAGUUGCUUCUUUAUCUCAUUGUAUUUGUUGUACAAAUCUUUAGACAAUUUUAUCAAAACAUUAUACAAAUGAACAUUUUGAUGGGGCAUUGUUUUACAUAUUCUGUUCUGUAGACAACAAUUGGUCUGAGACAUAUCUUUAUAUUUGCAUAUAUAUAUAUUGUGUUUUUGCUAAAGUUUUCAAUUUGUAAAAUGACUGUUUGACAAGAUAACAUAAAUAUUCUGGGUCAAUUUUAAUAACCUUUUUGAGACAGCCAGUUUAAUUCUUUUUGUUACAAUUUUAAUCAAUUUCAGCUAGAUUCUCUAUAAAACAGGCCGAUAACUUAUUUGUUGAUAUUGUUUCCUCUUUUAUAGCCAAGCCAGUCUUCAUCACAUUAUAUAUAGUUUGAACCUAACUAAACCUGACUAUAUGGUUUUAAUAGCCUAAUGCAUUAUAUGGAUUAGAUGUACAAUUUAAGAAUGUCCUUCUGUCAGACUCUGCUGCAUCAUUUCCUCUUUCCACUUCGCUAUCACUCAAAAAGUACUCUCCAGUUUUUAUGUAAAAAUAUCCUGGUUUAAACAUUUGAAUGUAUUUCUCGAACAAAAAAAAUGGUAAUACAUGGUUUUAAGCCCCCUAUGCAUUAAUUAUGGAACAAGAAAACUAAUAUCCACUGUUCUGAAUAUUUAUCCUAUUCUUUCUGUAAUAAAAUUACCAUUUGGAUGAUGAUAUGCAUUUCUGUAUGAUUUAAGGUUAUUGUAUAUUAUGUAAAUAUUACAUUUUGAAAACGGUAAAACUUUACUUUUUAUUAUUUCAGCUGCCAUUUUAAAUGCAACUGAUUUCAAAAUAAAGUGUGGAUUCUUACAAAA